AUGGCGGCCCAACUCCCGCUCCCGCUCCUGCCCUGCGCGCUUCUCUCCGCCCUGGUGCUGUGCGGCCCCGCCGACGCCUGGUACAAGCAGGCGGCCGCUCCCGGCUACCGCUCGGUGGGCAGGGCGGCCGGCUUGCUGUCCGGUCUCCGCGGGUCGCCCCUCGCCCGAAGAGCGGCCGACGAGGAGCCCUCGCCGAGUUGGCUUCCGGAAAGGCGAGCGCCGCCUUCGAGCCUCAAGACGACGGCCACCUGCAUCAGCAACAUGGCGCCAAACCCGUUGAGUUGCGAACUGGUCUUUGGCCGCAAGACAACGUUCAAGUGCAAAGCGGACGUCUUCCUCUCCCUGGACCCUGCCGACUGCGCGCAGCACUGAGAUGCCACGUGCGCAGCUUUUUUGUUUUUGCUUUCCGAUUUCCCGUCUCAAUCUCGCGCCGCGGAAAGUGUGCCUUUCUGUGUCCGUUCUUGUCUCGAUCAAAUCGUGUGCAUUUGCGCGCUGUCCCCGACGCGGCAACGAUGUCGACGCCAUUGCGUGGUUUGCCGUCUGAGCCC